AUGAAUCUUACAGCAGUGAACCAAACUGAUAUGUGCGAGGACUACUCGUGUCCAGAGAGAUCUGUUUCUUUAUCUGUCUAUGUGAUUCUGUAUGUGGCCGCAGCAGCUGUGGCUCUUCUGACCGUGUGUGGAAACCUGCUGGUCAUCAUCUCUGUUAGUCACUUCAAGCAGCUCCACACACCUGCCAACAUCCUCAUCCUCUCUUUGGCUGCGUCUGAUUUUCUCACUGGAGUGUUUGUGAUACCACUUCAUUUGUCUUUGGUCAUUGAAUCAUGCUGGACUUCUGGAUCAGUCAUGUGCUUGGUUUUUAAAGUUGUGAACUUUCAGGCAACAAGUGUUUCUGUUCACACUGUGUCUUUAAUAGCUGUCGAUCGCUUCUUGGCUUUGAGUUUUCCCUUUUUUUACUCUGAGAAAAUCUCACUGACUGUGGUCUGUACAGCAACUCUGCUAAACUGGUUGUUUUCACUCAUUUAUAACUUCACUCUUCUGUAUGUUAAUGGAAACUUCACUGAUGUUGUGCGUCCAGCAGUGUGUUUUGCCAUCACAGAUGGGAUUUCAUCAAUUAUUGAUCUUCUGCUUGUGUUUGUAAUGCCAUGUACGCUCAUUAUAAUAUUAUACACUCAUGUUUUUGUCAUUGCUAAGAAACAUGCGACUGCUAUAAGAGCCCUUCAGGUUCACAACAGCACAGAAUCCUCUAAGAACAAAAUCAGCGACAAAUCAGAGAGAAAAGCUGCGAUGCUGCUGGGGAUUCUGGUCUUUGUGUUUCUCCUCUGUUUGCUGCCGUAUUAUAUUACAGCUUUAGCGAUACCAUACAAUAGUGAAAACACACUUCAAAUCAGAGAUGUUGCUGUGAUAUUUUUCUUUCUGAACUCCACCAUUAAUCCCAUCAUUUACGCUUUAUUCUAUUCCUGGUUUCAAAAAAGCAUCAAAUUAAUUUUCACAUUUAAAGUCUUUCAUAAAGACUCCUCGCUGAUGAAUGUGAUGUA